GGCGCUUCUGAUCAAUGAAUCACUGGCCUUAUCUGCAUUCCGAAGGGCCUGCACACUGAUAUCUGUAUCGAAAUCCUUUCAAAACGAAGCCUUCUUCUCUUCGUCAUCUUCCAGUGGCAGUCCAAAUCCUUUUCAAGUCUUCGAUCGACAAGCAAAACUAAAACAAAAAGCUCGAAUCCUUAGAAAAGAUCCUGAAAAGAGUAGAGCGACUGAUUAUGUUAGAGAAGAAGUUUCUUUAGGAUUAGUGGAUAGAUUGAUGGACAUUAAGCGAAAGUAUCGGGAAGUGGUCGAUUUGGGCUCUGGGUCGGGGGUGCUAGCUAGGGAUUUAGAAGAAUAUGAAGGGCUUCAAAAUGUUAUCAUGACUGACGCUUCCGAACCCAUGCUUUGGAGGGAUCCCAGCAUAAUUGAUAACCCCUCAAUCAAACUCCAGCGUAUCCUCAUGGACGAAGAAUCUUUGAACUUGAGUCCCAACGCUCACGAAUGUAUAAUGUCAUGUUUGUCUCUACAUUGGGUGAACGAUCUACCUGGCACCCUUGUACAGAUCAAAAAUGCUUUAAAGCCUGAUGGCGUGUUCAUCGGUGCGAUGUUUGGUGGCGACACAUUAUUCGAACUAAGGCACGUAGCCUUUGGAACGGCUUUUCAGCUUGCUGAACAAGAGCGACAAGGUGGUAUCUCAGCGCGAGUUUCCCCGAUGACAGACUGUCGCUCGAUGUCAUCUCUCAUCAACAGAGCUGGAUUUUCAAUCCCCACUGUUGAUAUCGAUGAGGUGACAGUUCACUAUCCAAGUAUGUUUGAACUGAUCGAUGAUCUGCGCUGGAUGGGUGAAAGCAAUGCCAUACUGAAUCGUCGACCGUUCCUUCGACGCGAUACACUCUUGGCUGCUGCUUCCAUUUAUGAAGCUCUAUAUGCAAAGACAGACAAAGAGAAAGGCACAAGCAUCCCAGCCACAUUCCAAGUGAUCUAUUUCAUUGGUUGGAAGCCUGAUGCGAGCCAGCCCAAACCGCUCGAAAGAGGCAGUGCCGAACGUAGUCUCAAAGAACUUGGCACUGGCUCUGCCCUCUGAAGAUAUUGCUUCUUUUCCCGUGCCUGCAAUUGGUUACUUUUACGCAAUCAUGUCUUUCCGAUUAGCCCGAGAAUCUGUUGUAUGGAUCUUUUGUCUGUCGCAUAGAAAGAAAGACUUCACAAAUCAAACUGUAGAAUAAAGAUUGCUCGUGAUGCCCCAGAGCC